GUCUGGCCUUGGAGACUAAAAAAUGAACAGUCGGCACGACCCUCACUUCACGACAAUUCUAACGAUAACCAACCAAGGCCAUCGCUGCCGCCUUGUCAACGCACAUCGCGGGCCUCUGCACGCGCGCGCGUGCACCCAGGGGUAGCCGAGAAAGGAAAGGAGAGAGAGCGGGAAAAGAGAAAGGGAGGGGGGUCCGAGCGACUUGGGACAGAUUGGCUGCACGGAGGAGCGGAACACCUUGGGGCAUCAGAGCGCCGUCUCGGUGGGAAGGAGCGCAGAGAAAGAGAAAAGAGAGCAAGCCAACAAGAAAAAAGAGAAAUGUCGACGCCGGUCCUGGCGCCAACGGAGCUGCAAUCGGUCAUCUUCCAGCGACCAACGGCGAUCCUCCUGUUCCGGACCCCCGUGCCUCCGUCGCAGGGCACCGAUCCGUAUCACGAUGCCUUUGGGCCAUUCUGCCUGCCCUCGUUUCCCCUCUCGGCCUUGGAGUCGGGCUCCUCAACGCCGCUGCCGCCGCCGAUUGGCGUCAUGUCAAUGUCGCCCGGUGAUCGGUCAGGCGCCGAUCUGCUCAAGAGCGCGCUGAGCUCGAGCAAGACGGGCAGGCGGCGAGGCCGGUGGAUCGACGACGAGGCUAUGCUCACCACGCACCACCUGGCACCGGACCCCGACGCCGUUGCUGCCUCGUCUUUUGACGCCGAUGACGAAGACGAGGUGCCGAAGCGCGAGUUCUGCGUGACGAGCUUCCCGAUUCUCGGGCAUACGCUCCUCAACUGCGACACGCUGGCCAAGAAGAUUAUGCACGGCGACAGCAACGGGGCGCCGUACCGAGGCGCCAUCAUCACAAGUCAAAGAGCCGUCGAAGCGUGGGCACAGGCGGCGAGCGCCCUGUCGGAGGAGCUUCGCGAGGGCAAGAAACCAGUGACAAACUGGCCGAGAUCGCCAUUCUUUGCCGUGGGGCCAGCGACGGGGGAGGCGCUCCGUGCUCUGGCCAAGCAGAUCCUCCAGCCGAUUCGCACCUCGCUCGUCAUGGGCGCAGGUGCCACUGGCACGGGUGAGGCCCUGGCCGCCUACGUGAUCCGGCACUUUAAUGGGCCAGCAGGUGCAGCGCCCGGCGAUGAGAUGACCACCGACGACGCACCGCCGCCACCGCCAUUACUGCUCCUCACUGGGGACAAAAACGCGCCGACGAUCCCCGAUGCGCUUAAGGCGGCCAAGCCACCAAUUCCGUUUGAGGAGCUGCAGGUGUACGAGACAAGCAUAGACAGCAACUUUGGACCAUCGUGUGACGCCCUGUCGAGGAGCCUGCCGCCUAAUCCGCAGAGCCGGCCAGGCAGUCGAAGGGGCAGUCGCAGUGGAAGCAACAGCAGUACGCGAAGACCAAGUGUGGGCAGCCUCUGGGGCGCAGGAGGUGGAGGGUCGCCCCUGUCGGGCGCCGAAGGGCAGAUUGCGAGGAGGAAGAACAGCCUUGCCGCGGCAGAGGGACCGCUGGCAGGCGCUGGCGCGGCUGUGGCGUCGGGCCAGCCGCUCAACAACGCCAUGGGCCUUCAGGGCCUCUCGGCCAUGACGCCGAUGGCGGGCAAGGAUGGCCUCCCGACCUCCUCGGCGGUGGUCUCCUCUCCCAUUGACGAAUCGCCCUUUCCCCUUGACGUCGACAUUGGCCUGGGCACCGGUCCAGGCACCCGGCCGGACUGGCUCGUCUUCUUCUCGCCCAGCGGCCUGCAGUACGCACUGGCCGAUUUGAGAAGACGAGGAUGGCUGCCACCCGACUACGGCCACAAGGAGGGUCAGGCCGCGUCAGAGACAGAGACGGGCCAGCGAAAGACAUGGUUGAGUGCCGGCCCACCUGAUGGCUUUCCGCGGAUCGCCGUGCUUGGACCCACUACGAAGCGCUUCGUCCGCAACGAGCUGGGCUUCCAGCCCGAUGCUGUAGCAGCCACGCCCGGUGCGGGCGAGCUGAGAGAGGCGAUUCGUGUGGCCGAGAAGCGCAUUCGGAGAGAGCGGGAAAAGGUCAAGGCAGAGGCAGAGGCCAAGAAACGGAGAGACAAGGAGGAAAAGGCCCGCCUCGUCGGCGUGGCAGACGGCGGCGGAGUGCCAAUGGAAAUGGACUAGCUUCACUCAGUCUCCUCACUCUUCCUUACAAUUUGCAAUAUCAGCGCUUC